AUGCAUUUCACAGAUAAGUUAAGGCAAAUUGUGGCCUUAAAUAUGAAACACUAUCAAAUUAAGAAUCCCACAAAUAAGGAUCUCAAAUUACCACACCACUUGCAGCUGAUAGCCGAUUCUCAAUUGAAUAAUAUGGAACUCAUACACGACUUUGACAUUAAUGAUGAAGAUGGUCGCAGUUUACAUAUACAGCAUAAGAAAUUUCGAUUUAUGAAUAGAAGAUUUAAAAGAGAAGAGACUGAGGAAUUUGAAGAAUUUGAUGCAUUGGAUCCUCUGCAAAUACCGCCCGAUUUGGACUCCAUAGAUCCCAUAAGGAUGCAACAAAAUUCAUUAGAUUUAAAGAGUCUAUAUGCAAAAGUAAGAAAUAAACGUACCAAACAGGCUAUUAGUAAAUUGGAAAAGGAAUAUAAGCGAUGUAAAAAGGAAUCGAAUGGCAAUAAGGAUUGUAUGGUGGCUUUUAUGCGUAUGUAUAAUUUGGCACGCGAGAUCAAUGAGAAAAUGGAAAAAAUGAAAGCAAUUUUUAAUGAUAGCGAACUAUUAUUACAAGCCAAUUCCAGCUCAAGUAGUAAUGAGUCCAAGGAAACCAUUUUAGAAACCACCACCAAGGCAGUCAGCGAAACCACAGAAGUAAGUGUUACAUUCACUGUGGAACCAUCUACUACCGAUGACAAUAGCACCAGUAAAAUAUCAAAAGCUGAAAAAAUUAAACCCAGUAAAAUCAGUUGGAUUUUGGAUGGCAAUGAAUACAAUAGCUCCGAAGAAGAAUUUGGUGUAAUGCCAGAAAUUAAGGCAGAUAAUAACACUGCAAAUGCUACAACAGCUAAGGAGAGCUCAACAGAGUCUACAAAACUAAUAACUACAACCACUGAAAUAAUUCAUACUUCAACCACAACAAAUCCAAAAUAUAUUACUACUUAUUCCCCAAGUACUACAGCUUUGGGAACUAAAAAUAUCACUGAAUUUAAACACACUACCGAAAGUUCUGGAACAGAUGGUCCCUCCACUUCCACGACGAAAUUCAUAGAAGAAAAAUAUGAACAAGUAAGUUGGAUAUUAGAUGGUGGUGAUAGUUCGGAAAAUAUUGUGAUCACCCAUGAUCAUUUCGAGGAUGUUCGUCACACUACUGUUAGUUUAAAAAGCACAAGUGAAGCAAGUAAUACUACUGCGAUCAGUACAACUCUCAGCUCUACGUCCUUAACGACAGCCGUUGCAGAGACCACCGAAAACAUCGUUACUACCUCUUCAACAACUGAAAACGAUUUGGAACGUAAAUUACAAUUCGAUUGGAUUUUAGAUGGCGAAGAAUUAACAGCUGAAAUAACAGAACAUUACAAUAGCUCCACAUCCACCACCGAGAUACCCUUAAAUGCAACCUCUCCUCAAUACCCCACCAAACCCAAGCCUAUAAAAUACAGCUGGAUUAUUGAUAGUGAUGCAAACAGCGCUGAAUCACAUACCACAUCAAAGCCAUUGACAACUUUGCCACAUGAUCGUGUAAUAAAUGUGGAGAGUGAGAAAUGUAAUGGCACUUCGGAGGAUAGCACUUGUCAAUUGAUAUCGUUAAAAAGCAAACCACGUUUUGGCAGCAAUGAAGAUCAUCCUUUAGAUAAUCCAAGCAGUUUGGAGAAUAUGCUAGAGAGUUUGGAAAGAGUGGCGCCGGUUACCGAAAAAGUGAAAUUGAAUAAAACGUUUGAUCCUCUAGAUCGCAGCGAAUGGGAAAAGAAGUUUCAGCAGGGGACUUUGAGUAAUCAGCAGGAAAUUAUGGAUUCAUUUGGGGAAUUGGAUGCUAAACAUAUUGCCAAAUUUGGUCCAAAAUUGAAUCCGGUCAAUCCAAAUAAUUUUGGAGCCGAUAAUCAAUUUAUGACACUGUGUGAACGCAUGGCCAAGCGAAUGCGUGAUAAGGGCUCAUCCCCAACCGGUCCCCAGCCUCAACAGCAACAACAGCAACCACAGCCUGAACCCGAUCCAGAAUCAUAUACGCAAUCGUCUGCAGUGCAAUUUACUAGUCGUGGUCCUGUGGGCGGAUUUCCGGUAACAGGCGAAACCAUGAAAGCUUCGGCUCAGUUCAUGUUUAAUCCAAAUUUUGGCAUGCCCACAAUACCCGUCUGCUUUUAUGUUUCACCGGCUAAUUUGCGUAUGGUUAAUCAAGUGCCGCUGUGGACGCCAUCAUACUUUGGUAUGCCAGGAGGAGGAGGUUUCGGAGGCUCGAGUGGUGGUGUCAUGGGUGGUGCUGGGGGUCCUGGUGGUAUUUUCUUUGUACCACAAAAUUUUGGAACGACUGGUAAUUUCUUUGGUCAUACUACUGGUACCGCUCAAGGUGGUCAAGGCAAUAUACCAAAUAUAUUUUCCAAAAAUGCUUCGCCUCAAAAACAACAACAGCAGCAACAACAGCAGGGACAUCAGCAAAAACAAUUAUUUUGCACAUACAUGCAAAAUCAUGGUAAUUCUGGCAGUUCGGGUGGUGUGGGUGGUGGUGGCGUAAGUGGACCUGGUAAUGCUGUAAGCGGUCUUGGCUUUUCAAAUGCCAAUUUCAAAAUGCGCACCGGCAAUUCUAACAAUUCUCUAUCUUCUGAUAUUAUCUAUGCUUCCUACGCUGAUCUACCAGAUCAUUUGGGUCACGAAGAUCAUUUCAAGUGUGAACUGCCGGGACAGUUGGCCUGUUAUGGAGGCAACGAAUGUAUACGCGAAAGUUCAUGGUGUGAUGGCUCUGUAGAUUGUUCGGAUGGCAGUGAUGAGGCGGCCUGUACUUGUCGUCAACGCAUAGAUGAGGAUCGUGUAUGCGAUGGUUAUGCUGAUUGUCCGAUGGCUGAGGAUGAAGUGGGUUGCUUCGGCUGUGCUGAAUUUAUGUAUUCGUGUUAUGAACAUCCUGCGGAAUAUGAUAUGAACAAUCGGUCGACCGUUUCCAUGUGUUAUAGUAAUUUGGAAAAGUGUGAUGGUUUUACAAAUUGUCUAAACGGAAAAGAUGAAAUGGAAUGCAGUUUGAUAGUUAAUGAUAUAGCUCAUCAUAUGUCCCAUUCCGUUUCCACUUCAGAGGGUUAUCUUUAUCGUAACUAUCGCGGCGAAUGGUAUCCUGUAUGCAACAAUGGAGAAAAUUGGGCUCUAGAAGCUUGUAAAAAUGAGGGUGGUUAUUUUGGUAAACCCAACAUGACAUUCAGGCCACUAUCCUUGCCAGGACCUUUCAUAGAACCCACCAACAUUGGUAAUGCCCAUUUUCCUCAGUCGUGUCAGAAACGUGAUAACCAAGAUGUAUUGGGAGACUAUGUAGCUUAUGUCAGGUGUACGCCUACAAAGUGCGGAAUAACUAAACGUUCAACGAAUUUGCUAGCACGAAAAUCGAAACGUUUUGCGAGACUUCAGGCAGCGGCAGAGCUGCAAAAGAAACGAGAAUUAGACAAUGACGCUGGGCGUAUUGUUGGUGGUACAUUUAGUAAACCCAUGGAAUGGCCGUUUGUUGUGGCUCUUUAUAGAAAUGGAAAUUUUCAUUGUGGCGGCACUAUUUAUUCAGCACAAUGGAUUAUCAGUGCUGCUCAUUGUGUUAUCAACUACCAUAAAUACUAUUAUGAAGUUCGUGCUGGUCUACUGAGACGUUCCAGUUUUUCUUUAUCAACUCAAAUACAACCAAUUUCUCAUGUGAUCGUACAUCAGGCCUAUGAACGUCGAAGUAUGCGCAACGAUUUAUCGUUGUUACGUUUGGUUAAGCCCUUGCAGUUUAAUCGUUGGGUUAAGCCGAUUUGUCUACCCGAUUUAGGACGUUCCACGGCGGGAGAAGAUUGGAUUUGGGGACCAGAAGCAGAUACCUUGUGUACGACCGUUGGUUGGGGUGCUAUUAGGGAGAAAGGACCAGGAAGUGACUCUUUACGCCAAGUAACCGUACCCAUUCGUAAGGCCUGUACUGAAAAAGAAGAUCAAGAAGCUGAAGAUAUUUGUGCCGGUGAUCCGGGUGGCGGUCGAGAUGCCUGUCAAGGUGAUUCCGGUGGGCCACUGUUCUGUCGCAGUGUUAGCAAUAGUGAUGAAUGGUAUCUGGCUGGUAUAGUCAGUCAUGGAAAUGGUUGUGCUAGACCCAAAGAAUUUGGUGUCUAUACAAGAGUUGCUUUGUAUUUGGAUUGGAUUGAAAUGGCAAUUCGCCCGGAGUUUUUGCCCCAAGUACAGCCACAUAAAAUGUGCCCUGGUUACGUGUGUGUCUGGGGUGGUAAACGUUGUAUACCACAAAGAAAACGCUGCGAUCGUAUUGUUAACUGUUUGGGUGGUGAAGAUGAAGUGGGUUGUAUUUACAACUUUAUACCAGAUUUAGGCAGUACAAGAAAUACUACCACAACCGAGAGUGAUUAUCAUCCCGAGGAGGAUGGUAAAGAAACUACACCUAUUAGUAUAGUGGAGAAUAAUUUGGAAAGGGUUGUUGAAAAGGAUGAGGCCAUUGUAGAAAAUGCAACAACAACAAUGGAUAACAUAGAAACUAGCACUAAUUUUGAGACCCCCUCUACUAUUGAAAAUGAAGUAGAAUCUACUUCGAAUAUAGAAAGUUCAUCUGCCAGUAUUAAUAUUACCACUGAAUUGCUGCAGUCUACAAUAACCACUGAUAUGACAACUAAUGAGCCUAAGGAUUCUACCGAAUCCCCCACUGAUACUACUGAAACUAAUUUAGUCACCACUACUGUGGUGCCUAGUUCUACGGAUGAUUUAGAUAAAUUCACCACAUUGGCAGUGCAACUAUUUGAAAGCUCUACUGUUGGCAGUAUUUUGACUGAAGGUACUACAUUGCCAAGUGUUGCAAGUAGUACCCAGGAAAUUGAAACUGAAUCUACUAUGGAAAUUAAAGUGGAUUUUAUGAGCGAUAGUACAACGGAUGCUCCUAAUGCAACAAUGACGACUUAUGUCUCGGUUAUUACUACAACCGAAAGUACUUUUAUACCAACAACGUUAAUAACGACAGAUGCUCCCACAACCACCGAUUAUACAAUUGAAACAAAUUCCACAACUCCGGUGGUGCCUAAGAGGUCAGCACAGAAAUUUAUAUGUCACAAGAUAUCUCAAAUUAUUGACAUUUCGCAUCGUUGUGAUCGUAUUGUAGAUUGUGAAGAUGGCACCGAUGAAGAUGGCUGCAGUUGCCGGGAUUAUUUAAAGAACCAACUUAGCAUUUUGAUAUGUGAUGGCAAACCGGAUUGUGAAGAUUUAACCGAUGAGGAUAAUUGUGGAAACUGCAAUAGUGAUGAAUUUUUGUGCCCUCUAUCGAAAAUUUGCUUGCCGCUGGCAAAACGUUGUGAUAAUUCCAUUGAUUGUAAAUUCAAAGAAGAUGAACAGGAUUGUUUUGCCCUUACCAAUGGCAAAGAAAUCAAAUUAGAUUCGAGUAAACGACCUGAACUACAAAGUGCCGGCAUAUUUUCCCGUAACAUCAACGGCAUUUGGCGCACCGUCUGCACCCAUGAGACAACAUUUAGCGAACACAAUGCCAAAACUGCUGCUGAAGUUUGUGCCCUAUUGGGUUUCAAAGGUUUCAAAUUCUACAACACCACAGAACCGGACAAACAUCAUCACAUUGUGCCAAUUAGUCCGGAAAUACGGACAAAAUCAAGAUUUAACGAAGAUGUUCUAUCCAUUAUCAGUGAUAGUUUACAGUUCUUGUAUUUUGGCAAAAAUAUAUUGCCCAAAGAGUUAAAAACCAAUUUAAGAUCAAUACGUAUUGAACAGUCUAAGGAAUCGUGUUUGGGUCUUUACGUGGAGUGUCAUGCUAAAUCUAAUCGUACCGAACCGUUUAAAACUAUUAGUGCGGGCCAACAGAAACCUCAUACAGAUAUGAAAGUUCAUCACAUAAAACCGGCUCUAGAAACCCACAAUAAACCGAAUGUUUUUGUUAAUCCCCAUUUGCCCACUGUGGUGGUACAGAAAAAGGAAGAAAUUUUACAGAAACUGGAUAAAGUUAUCGAUACAAAGAAGAAUAUAACAAUUUUGGUGGAUAAAAAUCUACACGAGGCCAUAGAAGAACUACACUGGCCAUGGUUGGUGGACGUGUAUGCAAAUGGUAAACUUUGGUGUUUGGGAGUGCUGAUGGAUAAACACUGGAUAAUGGUGCAUGAAACUUGUAAUUUUGGUAUAAGAUUUAAUUUGGAUUAUGUGGCGGCGUUGUUGGGAGGCGGCAAAACUAAACAUACUCUGCACCGAAGUAAUCACGAGGAAAUCCAUCGCAUAGAUUGUUCGGAAGUUGUACCGAAUAGUGAUGUUUUACUGUUGCAUUUGGAAAGGCCCGUUCGUUUUACACAUUUUAUAUUGCCAACAUUUAUACCAGAUGGAUCCCAUUUGGAAAAUCAUCCCAAACAUGAGUGUAUUGCGGUUUUGCAUGACAAUUCACAUGGUCGGAUUAAAACCGUUUCUCUAAAGGAACAAAACGAUGACAAACUAUGUCGUAGCACAGCUAUGGGAUGCUAUCGCCUAAUUGAGAAAACUCCUCCCAAGAAAUUAUUAAGAGAAACUAGUCUUAGUGCCGAAGAUGUAGCCAGUAUAUCAGAGGAAGUGACGAUACGCGAUUCACAAAGUUCCGAAGAGAAUGAAGUUGUCUCCAAAUACACCACCUGUACACAAUUUGGUAGCAAACAUGUUAAUGCCACGGGAUUGGAGCCUAUAGAUCAAGGUAUUUUAGUGUGUCGCAGCAAUGAUACGGGUUGGUAUCCAAAUGCUCUAUUUUCCUACAACAAUACGAAUUGUAACAGUUUUAAGCAGGCCUUUGCUAUGCGAACUUUAGAAGUGGCCUAUAAGGCAAUACAUGAAAUAUUGGAGACUUCCGAAUGCAAAUUUGCUCAUGAUGUGCCAUUGUGUGCCGACUUUAGAUGUCCUUUAGGUUUGUGUCUGAAUGCCAGUCAAAUUUGUGAUGGUCGAUUCGAUUGCCAUGAUGGAAGUGAUGAAAAACCUAAGAUGUGUAAACGUCUUAACAAAACUUGUGGUCCUUCGGAGAUGAAAUGUCGUACUUCGGAUAAAUGUUUGCCGAAAACCAAAUUUUGUGAUCAUAUAGCGGAUUGUGAAGAUUUAACGGAUGAGCCCACAAUAUGUUCCUGUUUUACAUAUUUAAGGGCUACCGACCCCUCCAAGAUAUGUGAUGGCGUUAGAAAUUGCUGGGAUAAAAGUGAUGAGAGUCCAGUUUUAUGCAACUGUACCUCAGAUCGUUUUCAAUGCGGACAAUCCUCAAAAGAUUGUAUACCUCGGGAAUUUGUGUGUGAUAAGGAAACGGAUUGUCCUAAUGGAGAAGAUGAACGUUAUUGUUAUGGUAUUGAACAUCCCAUUGAACAAACUGAUGAUCUACAACAAAAGCAAUACUUGAAACCCCCCCAAUAUGGCCAGCUUAUAGAGCAAAGCUAUGGUGUUUGGCAUACGAAAUGUUUUCCAAAAUCCACACCACCCGAUAUGUCGGAAGUAAGACAAAUAUGCCAGAAAUUGGGCUACAGUCCAUAUCGUCAGCCCAGUUAUCGCCUAAUCGAUGAUGCUCUCAACGAUGUAAUUUUCACCAAAGAAUCACCCGAUCAACGUGGUCGUUCAUUUAGCAAUGAUCCGUUGGCAGGGAAAUAUCGCAGCUCAACUAAAGCAGUUAUAACAACAAAAUUUUCACCGCUGCUGCUUAACGAACAAUUGACACUGUUUGUUAAACCCAGUCGUCCGAUAGCGGAGUUGGUGCGUUGGAAUACUACGGAUUCGGAGAAAUGCUUAAGGUUAGAGAUAAAGUGUUCGUAG